UUGUUCCUCUGACCCAACAGGAAAGGUUUCAGUCAGUGACGACCAGAGCUGAGGAGCAACAAGACGUCCAACUGUUACUCUCCCGCCUUUCUUACCCCAGUUCUUCAAGUUCGAGCCAAGAAAUCUUCAACAUGGCGGAAGGCUGCUGUGCGUCGAUCAUUAAGACGUGUCUGUUCAUCUUCAACUUCAUAUUCUGGGUCGCCGGGGCCGUCCUGCUGGGGGUGGGGAUCUGGCUGCGUGUGGACCCGAGGGUGGCCCAGGUGGUGUCCGGAGAGCUCAACAUGAUGUGGUUCUACAACGCCUGCUACGUGCUGAUCGCCGCCGGCGUCAUCACCAUGAUCGUGGGCUUCCUGGGCUGCUGCGGAGCCAUCAAGGAGAGCAAGUGCAUGCUGAUGACGUUCGCCAUCUUGCUUGGUCUGCUUUUCGUUAUCGAACUGGCUGCUGGGAUACUGGCCAUCGUGUACAAGGACAAGGUCGGAGAAUACGCCAGACAAUCCUUCACUGAUGCCCUCGCUGGAGAGACGAUCGAAAGCAAGAACGACGACUUCCAGAGCGCCGUGAGAGGUAUCCAGAGCAAGUUCACCUGUUGCGGUUUGACGGCCACGAACAACUGGGCCCUCCCGUGUCUGGAGUCCACGUGUGUGUGCAACAUCAUCACCCAGACGGGCUGCAAGGCUGUCAUCUCCGUCCCGCCAUGCGCCGUGCACCAGCCGUGUCUUACGGAGUUUGAGUCCUUCCUGGCUAACAACAUUGUCAUCGUGGCGGGAGUAGCACUGGCCAUCGCCAUAGUCCAGAUCAUCGGCAUUUGCUGCGCAUGCGUCUUGAUGAGGAACAUCUACGGCGAAACCAUCGCAUAGAAAUCCGCCAUCUUGUUUCUUGCCAGUUCGUGGAUCAUCGGAAAUACCUAUAGGAGCUGUGUGUGUACAGAAGAGGAAAUUGAGGCCAUAAGUUGUAUUCUACUUGUACUCAGCAUUGUAAGCACUUCUCAGAGGACAUCUGUGACAAGUAUUGCAUCAAACGCAAAGAGUUGAAAUUGUAUUUUGUAUAACGAUCAGCAUUAUUAUGCAUUCUUCAUACAUUGUAUGAGAUUUCGGAAUGUUGCGUUCUUUUUAAGUCGAUGUAGUUAAAAAGUUGGUUAUUAGUUCAAUCUUUCGUUAACAUCCUUCAGUUGUUUACACGUUUGACAGACGUUAGAGUUAGUUAUAUCAUAAGAGUGAUAUUUUAGUCAGUUGGGGUUUUUAUAUAGCAGGGAAAACAGUGGACGAGUUGUCGGACUGACCUGUUGUUUCUAUGGCAACGGAGAGGAAACGUUACCAUGGCAACAGCCUCAUGUAUCCUUGUUUGAUAAGGUAGUCAGAAAUGAUGACAGCGGUACGGUAUCGUACAUCAUGUAAAAGUGCCUAUGCUAGCAGAACUCGGGUCUUGUUGUUACCGGUUAAAGUGUUAUGUGGCCUUGUUGUGAUCGCUUAAGAGAGGAAGGAAGAUGAUUUGUUACCGCCACUAAGUGACAAUAAAGGGGAAAAUAGUUUGAU